AUGAGAAAAUUACUUAAAUACGAUGAAAUACCCGCGUGGAUAAAGGACAAUCAGUUUAUUACGCACGGAUAUCGCCCUGUCUCCCAUUCCAUCCGCAAUUCACUCUCAUCGAUAUUCGAUAGCAUUCACAACGAAUCUGUGAACAUACACUCACACCUUUGGGGUGCUGCUUUCUUCGUGUUUUGCUUGUUUGCCUUGUCAACCGAUACGAAACACCAAAACUAUUCGUGGAAAGACUACGUGGGGUUCUCCACUUUCAUCUUAUCCGCAAUCACCUGCCUCUCUUUCUCCUUUCUCUACCACACUUUCUCUAACCACUCAAAAACACUCGCAAACACUUGGCACGCUUUAGAUUACGCUGGUAUAUGCAUCCUCAUAGCCGGCAGCUUCAUCCCUUCCAUCUAUUACGGCUUCUAUUGCUCCCCUACAUCCCAGCUCCUCUACAUGGCUGCUAUGCUCAUCGCUUCCUCUGUCGCUCUCUACAUUGUUCUCCACCCCCAUUACCGCAGACCUUCUUUCAGGAAGGCGCGCACUAGUGUUUUUAUAGCUCUUGGCCUAUCCUCUAUCCUCCCUAUUGUCCAUGCCCUUUACAUGGACGGCCUCGACGUCCUCCGUCGAACUAUAGCCCUUGACUACGUCCUCGCUUCUGGCAGCAUGUACAUCAUCGGCGCUCUCAUCUACGCUGCUCGCUUUCCAGAGGCUUAUUUCACUCAUCGCAACUUCUCUUACUACGGCGCUUCUCAUCAGAUCUUCCACCUCUUUGUCGUCGCUGCGGCUGUGUGCCACUACUUUUCCAUCCUUUCCUCGCAGUCCUUUUACAGCGACCCCGAGUUCGAUUACUGUUCCAGGUAUGUACACAACUGGCAAAUGUAA